AUGGUUUCUAGUUAUCAUUUAUUUUAUUCAGGAAAAGAUGUGAUUAAGGGAUGGGCAAAUGAAGUUCAUGAAGUUAUAAAUUCAAAGCCAUCUUCGCUUGUUGGUGCAGCAUCAUCAUAUUUAACGUCAUUUUCCUCAAGUGGAUCUUCAUACAACAUGCCACAAUCUACUAGUAAUACCAAUCAAUAUCAUGCUUUAGGAUUAUUAUAUUUGAUUUAUGACAUGAUAGAAUGGCAAUAUACGGCCAAAAUUUUAGAGGAGGAUCCUAAGUAG